AUGUUUUUUUAUUUGAAUAAUAUACCUAUUUAUUGUUUUAAAGAAUAUAAAAAUUUUACGAUCAUACAAUUUUGUGAUUUUCUAUAUGUAAUGAUUCCGAGAUUUUGUUAUCAUAGCAAAUUAUCAAUUGCAGGUAAUUGUCGUAUGUGCUUAGUUGAAUUAAAUAAUGGUAUUAAACCAGUAAUAGCAUGUGCUACUAGUAUUAUUAGUAGCAUAGAGAUAGUAUUAGAUUCUUUAUUAGUAAAAAGAGCUAGAGAAAAUGUUUUAGAAUUCUUAUUAAUUAAUCAUCCAUUGGAUUGUCCAAUUUGUGACCAGGGAGGUGAAUGUGAUUUACAGGACCAGACGUUAAUGUUUGGUAGUGACAGGGGUAGGUUUAGAGAGAUGAAACGUUCUGUAGAAGAUAAAGAAAUGGGUCCUGUCGUAAAAACUAUAAUGACUAGGUGUAUUCAUUGUACUAGAUGUUUACGUUUUUCUGAAGAGAUACUAGGAGUUCGUGAUCUAGGUAUGAUUGGUAGGGGUUCAGAAUCGGAAAUAAAAAUGAAUAAUGUAUUUUUUCUAGAUAGUGAGUUGUCUGGAAAUAUCGUGGAUCUUUGUCCUGUCGGAGCAUUAACAUCUAAACCAUUUGCAUUUACUGCUAGGCCGUGGGACUUAAAAUCUAUAGAAAGUAUAGACGUCUUAGAUAGCUUGAAUAGUAGUAUCAGAAUAGAUAUAAAAGGAAAUCGUAUUUUUAGAAUUUUACCACGUUCAAACGAAUAUAUUAAUGAAGAUUGGAUUUCGGAUAUUACUAGAUUUAGUUAUGAAUCACUUCAAUCGUUUAGAAUCAAAUAUCCUUACUUAUCGUUGGCUAAUAGUUUUUCUGAAUUAUUGAUUGAUAAUUUAUUUGUACGUUUAGAAUGGGAGCAAUGUUUUGAAUACACUAAAUUUCUUUUUCGUAGUAUUAAAAUGAAUUAUAUUAGCUUCGUAGCUUCUUAUGGGGUAGGAUUAUUUAAUAUUAAUUUUUUCUAUUUUUUUACUAAGCUAAUAAAAAAUAGUAUAUUUUUUAUUGAAAAUUUGCCAUGUUAUAAUAUAGACUUUAGGAAUAAUUUUAUAAUUUCUGAUUUUUUUAAUUUUACAAAAUCAAAUUUUUUUAUUUUUUAUAAUAUUAAUUUAAAAAAUAAUUUUCCAGUAUUUAAUGCACGAUUCAAUAACUAUUUGAAUAAUAGUUACUAUAAAAAAUUUGUAUUUUUUAUAGGUGGUUUUAUUAAAGAUUCCUAUAUUUCAUAUCAUAUAGGAUUUGGUGCUUCUUGUUUUUUUUCACUUCUUAGAGGUAAGAACCUGAAUAAUCAUUAUUUUUUUAGAUUGUCAUAUAGAAAUUUAAAUCUGAAUUUAUUAGAUUCGGAUAACACAUUAAAAAACUAUAUAUGUAGUUUAAAUAUUUUUGAUAAAAAUGAAAUAAAUAACCUUUGUUUUUAUCCUAAUAUUUCAGGAUAUUUUGAAACAGGAAUGAACAGUUUGCUUAGUUCUAGUUCUGUAAAGGACAGCGAAUUUGGUUAUUUCUAUAAAACAAAUAAAAUAGCAAAAGGUGUCUUUUCUUUUUAUCACGGUUAUUAUUUACCAGAAAUGGAAAGUUUUACUGUAAAAUAUAAUUAUUUAUUUUUACCAAGUCAUACUUUUUUCGAAUCUGAAGAUUUAUAUGUUAAUAUUUUUGGUGACGUACAAUCAUCUAAUCAAGUAUUAGAUCCUUCCGAAAAAGAACAAGUGAGGUCUGAUUUCUAUAUAAUAAAAAAUAUAUUUUCUAUUUUGUUAUGUAACGUAGAUAAGAGAAGUGGCUAUUCUUUUAUUUCUCUUGAUUAUAUAUUAAAUGAAUUAGUUUUUUAUUAUUUAUCAUACUACGUAUCUAUAUUUGACGUCAUGCCUACUAGUACAGUAAGAAAAACUGUUGCUUAUGUUAAUAAUGACUAUCUGAAAUUUUUUUUAAAAAAAAAUAGUAUCUUGAAUUUAGAUGUUAGGUCUAUGUUUAUUACUAAAUAUUCUACGACAUUGAAUGGAUUUUAUAAAUUAAGAAAUAUGAAGACUUUAAGUUCUUUUUAUUAG